UCUUAAGACCGGGUCUUUAAGUCUAGGACCUAAGACUUUAACAACCCUAGUAGUAGAUUUUUCAAGAAAACCUAAUAGUUUUCCACUACCUGAUAAUUAUGAAGUUUUAACAACCUGGGAAAAGAAAGCUAAUGUCGUUAAAUGUUCCAUAGAAUAUGAAAAUUCUAAACCAAUCUUUAGGAUAUAUUAUGGUGAUAAAUUUGACCAGGUAUUAGAAACUACACAAUCGUGCACAGCUACAGCAACACAAAUACAAAAGAAACUUAAUCCUAAUACUCGUACUCUGUUAUCAGAUACAUUAUUAUUUGGUGUACAACUUCAGAUCUUAAGAACUGCACAUGAAACAAGGACUAGAAAAUUAAAGGCUUAUAAUAAAAUAACAAUAAAGACAAAAAAUGAAAGAGCUCGAAAUCUUUCUAAACAUACUAGAUCAACUUUCACAGAACUUAGUAACUGCUUUUACAAUUCUAAUGAUAACCCAGUUUUAAAGUCAUUAAAAGCCAUUGAUCAAGGACAAAUACCUAGAAAUAGUUAUCAAAUAAUUAUACCUUUAUCAAAUAAUCUUGUUAAAGAAUGGGCAAUGUCAAAAGAAAAAUUAUCUAUUAAUAAUGAAAUGCAAGAAAAGAUUCUGAUUUAUAUUAUCAAAUUACAUCAUCAUUACUCUAAUGAAACUUUGAAAGAUGCUUCAGCUAUAACUGAUUCUGAAGUAAUUCAGAUGGUUUAUGAAUCAAUUGGGAAUGAUAAACAAAGAAGUAUUAUAAAAAUAUUUGAUUCCUUCUUUAGUGAAAUGUGA